CGCGCAUAUGAAUGAGAAGAUUUUGCUUAAUUUGUGAGUUAAGAAAAGAAAUACUUAGUUGGGUAGUCCGUCUCCAUAUGUAUUUUAACACAUCAACAGUUAAAUAAAUUCAAGGAAAAGUGAUAGUGACUACUGCUAUUUUAAUUACACCACAACAUUAAUUUUGAUCAAUAUUUUAAUAUAAAAAAAAAAUGAACUAAUUUAUUUUUUAAGUUAUUGAAUUAAACUGUGUCUUGAGACAAAAGAAAACUCUGUAUAUAUUUUGGGUCUCAGAGGCACAAAACAUUGAGCUCAAGUAGUAGAGAAGAAGAAGAAGAAAGGGUGACAAGGCAAAUAUGAGUAGCAUAGGUACAGGAUAUGACUUGUCGGUGACGACAUUUUCACCGGACGGCAGAGUAUUUCAGAUCGAAUACGCCGCCAAAGCUGUUGAUAACAGCGGUACUGUUGUUGGAAUCAAAUGCAAAGAUGGAAUCGUUUUGGGAGUGGAGAAGUUGAUUGCGUCUAAGAUGAUGUUGCCUGGAUCCAACCGUCGAAUUCACUCCGUUCAUCGCCAUUCCGGCAUGGCUGUUGCAGGUUUGGCUGCAGAUGGUAGGCAAAUUGUUGCCCGAGCCAAGUCUGAAGCAACCAGCUUUGAAAGUGUAUAUGGUGAGCCAAUUCCAGUGAAAGAACUUGCAGAACGUGUUGCUAGUUAUGUGCAUUUAUGCACACUGUACUGGUGGCUCAGGCCUUUCGGAUGUGGGGUGAUUCUUGGAGGAUAUGAUAGAGACGGACCUCAACUAUACCUGGUUGAGCCUUCUGGUGUCUCCUAUAGGUACUUCGGCGCUGCUAUUGGGAAGGGCAGGCAAGCUGCUAAAACAGAAAUUGAGAAGUUGAAGUUAUCUGAAAUGACCUGUAGACAAGGGGUUAUUGAAGUAGCCAAAAUAAUUUACGGAGUACAUGAUGAGGCAAAGGACAAGGACUUUGAACUUGAAAUGAGUUGGGUAUGUGAUGAGUCUAACCGCCAACAUCAGAAGGUUCCUGAUAAUCUUUUAGAGGAAGCAAAGACUGCAGCUAAAGCUGCACUUGAAGAGAUGGAUGCAGAUUAAGGGUGCAGAUAAGACUAGUUCCUUCUUUCUUCAUGCAUCUACUUAUUCGAUGAUCUAUCUCUGCCAUGCUAGCCGAAUUUUGGCACCACUGUGAUGAUCUGCUACUGCUGAUAGCUAUUUAUAGUUUCUUGUAAUUCUGAACUCCAAGUUUGAAAAUCCAGAGCAUUAGUUUGUGUUUUAUAAGACACUAUGAAAUCUGAUUUUUGUUGGUCUAUAAAGCAUGUUAAACGGUCUUUCCCGAUUCUCAUAUUGCAAGAGAGUGCUAUGUCAUUUCACUUUCA